AAUAUGAAGUAUGUUGUUCCAGCAUACGGAUUAUAGCCGACAGUUAAGCUGGAAUGCUUAUCUUCGUUCGAAGAAAAAUAUUUUUGUCUGAUAUACCUCUUCGUAAGUAAGACUGGUUGUGCUAGGAAAUGUUCGAAAGGAAUCUCACGGUCGACAGUGAGCUCUGAAAAAAAUCUUCUAAAAUAGAAGAGACUAAUCGACAAACAGCAAAAUCCCAUCCAAAACUUCAAGUCAUUCGUUCGGCUCCACGUCGUACACUCCACGUGAUCUAACUAGGGGUGGUCUUUCGACAUAUGAAGUAUUCUUCGGAACUACUCGUGGAACUUAAAGAAAACCACAAUUCAUUAGAAAACAGAAGAGGUAAUUUUGGUGCAGAGAUAUGGAAUUAUAUAUCCUCAUAGCAACCUCCAAUACGCAGAAAAAAAAAUUCCGUAUAAACUUUAAGAUAUUACGAUUUAGAACUUUGUAUGACAAGCAUUUGAAAAAUGGUUGAUUUUUUUAACGUAAUAUAAAAAAAGAUUGUUAUUUUCCUAUUGUUCCACAAGAAUGGGACUACAAUAACAAAUCGCAAUGCAAUUGAUUGGCCAUUGCAGGUGACGUUUUAUAUAGAAAAAACAACUACAAGCAAUUUCGAUCACAGCAGUCGGUUCAGUUCCAUUGCAACACAACGACCGAAAACGAAGGAUGAUGAAAUCGAUUGAACAAAGCAUCCAUUGACGUUUGGCAAACAUGAAAUUGCAUCAAACAGAGUCGUUACUUGCAACAGCACACUGGUGGAAAAAUGGCAACCAUUGGCAAAUCAACUCGUUCCAUUAACAGGGUAAAAAGCGAAUACACGAUCACCGAACCCCGAAAGAAUCGACCCGGUACACCGGCGGUAUCAAGCACCCCGGCAAACAUGUGGAUUCCCAUGUCCAAGUCGUCUACCUCACCGCUAACAAUAUGUGAUAGAAGAACAUUCAUCUCCCGAAGAAAGCUAGUGAUCGGUGAUGCUAAACCGCAUCUCACAUGCUCGAGUCCAUCGGCGAAGGUGUGCGACAUUAUUCAUCACGAAGCACCGGAGAAGUUGAACACGUGCACGUGUGACCCGGAGUUGCUCGGGAGCCAAGCAUCCCAUCCGAACUGUGCCUUUGUGAACAUUUGCAACGAAAGCAUGCAGGGUGGCUUUCGUUGGAAAGAUUAUUGGUGGUGGCUAUGGACGUUGGUAGGACGGAUGGCCCAGAUACUUUUGGCGAUUUUUGUUGCGUUUGCAACGUUCAACACUGCCCUGAAUGGGGUGUUUUGGUUUUUUGGUUGUAAGUACAACAAAGGUGGUAACGAAGAAUUGCAUUCUGCGGACGAUAGCACGCUCUAUGAUGAGGAGGAACACGAAGCCGAACAGUUGGAUCGUAGCCUAAUGGAGCUGAACCCGGGAGGGUUUAGAGUGACCGAAACAACAUACGCGCUUAGCUUGCUCGACAUCCUGAUUAUAACGCUGGAAACCUUUUUUGGUUGGAUCGGUACCGUACUGUUGCCCGAGUGAGGUAUAAAUUUCCCUCAAACUGUUACUGUUAGUUUAUAAAAUAUUCAUUACUGCUGUGAAGCAAA